AUGCAUAUAAUUAAGUAUUUGCCAAACGAUGAUGCGCCCGGUUUCCGAGCCUUCCGAGCCCUUUUUGUUGUUGUUAAAGUCCUUUAGUUGCUAUGCAUGCUCUGUUAUAUUUGGUAUGGAAAUGGAACUCUUGACAAGUAUUUUUUUAUUUGCUUUUAUUUUUUUUUAAAUUUAAUACAAUGAUAAACGAGGUGUAUUUAAAAAUGGGAUCAGGGGCUCGGCUAGGAUCAGGGGCUCGGCUGACGACACCUGCCAGCUGACCAGGGUGGGGCGGUACUCCUGGCGGAAGUUCUCGCAGCAGCGGCUGGAGCCCGGUAAGCGGCUGGAUCGAGCAGGCACUAUGGUGCAGCUGUACAACUUGCACCCGUUCGGCUCGCAGCAAGUGGUGCCUAGCAGGCAGGAACCGGCACUCUUCUGCUGCGGGCGAGAUGCGCUUCUGGUGGCUUGUGCCCCGGGCGCCUGCAAGGUGGAAGUUUUCGCCGUGGGCCGCCCGGAACUCUGCGAGCCGCUGGGCUCUUUUAAUACUCUGGGACGGGUGGUGCGUAUGGCGUAUAGCGAAGUGGGAGACUACAUGGUCACUAUUGAGGAGAAAAAUCAGAGCCUCUUCUUGCGAGCUUAUGUAAACUGGAGGUGCAUGUCAACUGGAAACACACGAGUGUGUGUGCGGAUGAUAGGCCAUAACCUGGAGGCAUCCUAUACUGAUGCUACUAAGGACCAAAUGACAAUUAUAGAAUUUCCCCUUUCAGACCUUCCGUUGUGCUUUUCAUGUUGUCCUUUAACAGGAGACCUACUUGUUGGCUGCAAGAAUAAGCUGAUCCUGUUUUGCCUGAAGCAUCUGGUCAGGAGACAGGAUUUGACUGUAUUGGACUUUGAACGCUUAUUAAUUUUGCACAUAGAUAAUGUCACCCUGGCAGAAGUUGCGUUUUGUGCUGGAUAUGUAGCCAUAACAGCAGAACUAGAGGUCCUAAUCCUCAAGCUGGAAACGGGUGAGAAAGUGGUUGACAAUAGUAGGCAGCAUAUAUAUGACUCUGUGGUAUCUGAAAGGCUUGUCCAUGAAGGUGUAAAAGAAGAACCCGAUUCAAUUCAAUCUGAGUCAGAUGACUUUGUUGUCUGUCAACAGCCUGUGGAGCUGCUUGGGGAAGAAAGCAGGCAGUGUGGAGUAUCCAUUACUCUGGAGUCAACAGGUUUAGUCGGUGAAUAUUCAAAUUUCCAAAUGCAAUAUGUUCUAUACAGACGUUUUGCUCUAGAUAUGUCCUCAUUUGUCUUCUCUGCUGAAGAUGCCAAGCUGCACUCUCUUCAACUGCUGCCUAUGUAUGAAACAGGGAAUUCUGCUCCAACUGACAGAGGAGAUCCCCCUAAGCGAGAACUGCUAAGUCUGUUCUGCUUUUUUUCCCUGCCUCACAUUGGGUACCUAUACACAGUUGGUAACUUAGUGGAGCUGAUUUCUACCUACCAGUAUUCAGAAAGAUCUCAGCAGGCAGUACUCACACCCCAGUUCCUACAUGUGAUCACAAGCAACAACCUGCAGUGCUUUACUGUAAGAUGUAGUGCAGCAGCAGCUCGUAAUGAAGAUCCAUACAUUGAUACAACACAAAAGGCUUGCCCACCUGUGUCACUGGAUGUCUGUGCCUUGAGAAUGCAACUUUUUAUAGGACUGAAAGCUAUUUCUCAUUUCAAGAACCAUGUCAUAGUUUUGACAAAAGCAGACACUGAAGACAUUACAGAGCCAAAAAAGCCGUCAAGGAGACUUCUCUCCCGAAAGGCUGAUAACAUCAAACCCAAAGUUUCUCCAGAAUCUGAGCCUGGUUGGAAUUUAUACAUUGUGAACACAACUUCACCUCUCCUACUUUACAGGGAAAUGGUAGAGUACAGCAAGACCUAUGAAAAUGUAAGAACAGAGAGCUGUAUCCACCUGCUAAGUGAGGCUCACCUAUUGGUCAGAACAGCACUAAUGGACCCUGAUCUGAAGGAAUCGGAAGAGAAGGAAGACCUCCUUGCAGCAUUUCGGGAAAGUUGUGCUCUCCUAGGAGACUGUUACAGCAGAUUUAACACCAAAGACUUUCACCUUGCACUGCCUUACUACAAGAUGUCUGGUCUUUCCAUGACUGAUGUUCUGAAGAGAGUAGAUUCAACAUUUGAAGAUAAAAUGCACAAGUAUGAAAAGGGGAUUAUAUUUUACUUAUAUCAUUCCCUUUGUGAAGACGUAAACGAAGACCUAAGUGAAGAAUUGGCAGCAAAAGUGCUCCAAAUAUUCCACCCUGCUGAGUCAAACCAAAUACCCCAAGUGCUCUGCAGUCCUUGCAUGAAAAAUGUGUGUCCUAAAAUGGCAAUCAAAUAUCUACAGAAAGUAGAAAAGAUGGUGCCGUCUGUUGUGGUGACACUAACCAAGGCUUCCAUGGCUCUGAAAAUGGGAGAUCGGAAUGGGUGUGAAAAUGAGCUGGACAGUUACGCGGAGAUGAUGCUGGUGUGUGGCUUUAUUGUGGAGCCAAGACUCCUGAGACAGCAAAUUAAAGGGCAAAUUGUCCCGACUGAACUUGCGGUUUAUCUCAGGGAGAUGAGGCCUGGAUUCCUUGUGGCUUCAGUAUUGGCUUUGCAUGAGAAUAGUAAAAUUGAGCUGGAAGAAGCAGACUCGUACAUCAAGCAGACAUUGAGUGCCGAGGAAGAAGACGCUGUCCCUCAGCUCUUAGUGGACUUCUGGGAAGCCCUUCUUGUAGCAUGCAGUCAGAAAGAAGUUGUACAGGAGCUGUAUUUUAAACUUGCUGCGCAGUAUAUUUGGAGGCUGUCCAGGAAGCAGAUGCCUAAUACUAAGCCACUGAAAACCACUGAAGAUCUGGUGAAUUCUUGUGGUCAUUAUGGACUCAUUUUUCCUUGGGUUACGUUCAUGAUGCCAUUAGCACCUCAUUCUGAUCAGAAUUCUUCUGAAGACCUUUCAAAAUUACAGUCUCUCUUAUGUGGUCCAUACUUCAAUAUACCUUCUAUUCUGCCGUUGUUGGAGACCAUUCCAGAAGAUACAAUUUCUGGUCUGAGCAUCCAUAUUCUUUGCAGUACUCGGUUAGGAGAGUAUGAGAGAGCCAUUGACAAACUUCUAGAGAGAUGCCCUGAAGCCAUCAUACCCUAUGCCCAGCAUGAGUUGAAGGAUGAAAAUCGGGCUCUGUGGUGGACCAAACUCCUUCCUGAGCUCUGUAAACGAACCAGACAUCCUGGAGACAACUAUCCUGUACUCCUGUCAUCCUUAACGGAAACAUUAUCUGUCAUUGCCAUGGAACUGGAUCUGAGGGACUUCCUUAAUGUUUUACCAGAGGAUGGGAAUGCAGCAUAUUUCCUGCCACAUCUGCUUCAGUGCAGCCAAAGGAGUCUAGUGACAUAAGCACAAGAAGGAUUGCAUGACCUUUGAGGGGAAAAUACUGUAAUGGACAAAAGAUCACAAUGCAGCUAUAAAUUUAAUACUGUAGAUAAGGUGUUCUUUUAGCAUAUCCCCAUGUAUACAGGAAAAGUGGGAUUAUAUGUUUUAAAAGACUGCCUAAUUCAGCUGUGGCCUGCAAUCCUAUUUUAAGGAUUUACUCCCUUUGUUUGUGAUAAUCUUACAGCUCUUAAACACUGUGGUUGCAAGGGAGCUAGAUGUAGGCUAUACAGAAAAAACAUUCCAAGCCUAACGUCACUAUAGAUAUAGUUCAGAUUUUUUUUUCUUCGUAUAAGCAUCCAUGUCAGGCGGAGUGUCCAACAAAUCAAACAACUGAAUAUCUCAAGGGAAUCGAAAGGAAUGUUUGUCUGCACCAAGAGCACAAUGAACACAAGUGGGAGCAGCUUGGAUUUACUUUUGCAGAGCCAGUUAGGAGUUUACAGUGGAUUGGAUCUAUAGUGGCCUAUUCAUGAAUUCCUUCUAAGUAGUCUCUGUAACUGGACUUUACUGAGAUAAGGCUGUGGGCCUGUUAUUCAUAAGCUUGCUUACUACUUAGUAUCAUAGGCUUUCUGCACAAACAAUAGCACGUGAUAUUACUUUAGUGCCAUGAGUUUCUCGCUUCUCUUCAUUUACAGUAUGUUCAAACUACAAAGCAUGUUGACAUUUGGUUUAUUUUUAGAGAAGGCAUUAACAUUCAUUUGUUUAGUGGAACAGCUAUGAAACUAGUAGUCCUUUUGUUUGAAAGUUCUAUUGUUUUCAGUGGGGAUUUAAGUAAAUGUGGCAAUUCAUGUUGAGUCAGGUCAACUUCUCAAAAAUCAGUUUAUUUUCAAGACCUUUCAAUUAUGAGACAAGUGUGGCUCACAGGCUGCUACCAAUCUUCACUUGCCCUCUGUCGGUCCUGUAAAAGGAUAAAAAGUAAGCUCCAAACAGGAUUACAACUUGAUUUGAAUAAAUGCAUAUUUUUAAUAUC